AUGGGUAAUCAAUUGAAUUUAUUGACAUUCAGAGCAUCACAAACAAAAUCAAUGCAUAGAAUAAAAGUAGAUAAUUACGUUAGUAUAGAUGCAUCUGAUACUGUUGGAAUUGGAACAUCAAAUCCUUCAAAAGAUGGUUGGGUUCCAAAAUUUGCAUUAUUAAUUAGUGCAGAACAAACAAUCAAUCUUGGUCGAAGUGGAACAACCAUAAGAGAAGCAAUUCAUCAACAAUUACCGAAAGUAUUCAAUUAUAAACCAAACGUAAUUACUAUUUGUUAUACAUCAAACCUUAAUGAAAUGUUAUCUCAAUUAAGAAAUAAAUUAGGUAAUGAUACGCGAAUUCUUGUUGGAAAUAUUCCAGAUUUAUCACAAGUUAAUAUAUAUACAUCACUUGGAAUACCUAAACUUCUUCCAACUUUACAAAUAAAACGAUGGAAUGAUGCCAUUAAACAAAUUGUUAAGAAAAAUCAAUGUGAUCUUGUAGAUUUAUAUUCACAUUGGAAAGAAUUAAGUGAACAUCCUGAAUAUAUUUCAUUUUAUGGCUUCUAUCUAUCGACACAUGGAUAUGAAAGACUUGCACAAAUAUUUUAUCAACAAUAUUUAAAAUAA